AUGGUACCGAUAUCACCGUCACAAACGCCGCGGUCUAGUGACAAAGCGGCGCGAGAUCUGCGAUCGGAGGGGAGUAUGAGUGGAAAACAUGAUAAGGAUAAAGGUGUCAAUGUGCAGGUCAUUGUGCGCUGCAGGCCAUUGAGUGAGGACGAGAUGAGAAUGCAUACACCAGUGGUGAUUUCAUGCAACGAUAACAGAAGAGAAGUUUGUGCUGUUCAAAAUAUUGCUAACAAGCAGAUCGAUAGAACUUUCCUCUUUGAUAAGGUCUUUGGUCAAUCUUCCCAGCAAAAAGAUUUAUAUGAUCAGGCAGUCUGGCCAAUAGUGUUCGAAGUUCUAGAGGGCUAUAAUUGUACCAUUUUUGCAUAUGGACAAACAGGGACAGGAAAGACUUACACCAUGGAGGGUGGUGGUUCGAGGAAAAAGAAUGGGGAAUUCCCAAGUGAUGCUGGUGUUAUUCCAAGAGCUGUUCGACAAAUUUUUGAUAUCUUAGAAGCUCAAAAUGCUGAGUAUAGCAUGAAAGUUACAUUCCUAGAGCUGUACAAUGAGGAAAUAACGGAUCUUCUGGCACCUGAAGAAUGUCCAAAGUUCAUAGAUGACAAAUCAAAGAAACCAAUCGCGCUAAUGGAGGACGGAAAAGGUGGAGUUUUUGUUAGAGGUUUGGAAGAAGAGAUUGUGACCACUGCGAAUGAAAUAUAUAAAAUCUUGGAGAAAGGUUCGGCUAAAAGGCGAACGGCAGAAACCCUUCUUAACAAACAAAGCAGUCGUUCUCAUUCUAUAUUUUCUAUCACAAUUCAUAUCAAAGAGUUCACCCCAGAAGGAGAGGAGAUGAUUAAAUGUGGGAAGCUGAAUCUUGUUGACCUUGCUGGCUCAGAAAAUAUUUCACGCUCUGGUGCUAGAGAGGGCAGAGCAAGGGAAGCAGGUGAGAUCAACAAGAGCUUGCUGACACUUGGUCGGGUCAUAAAUGCUUUGGUCGAGCACUCUGGUCACAUACCAUAUAGAGACAGCAAAUUAACAAGGUUGCUGAGAGAUUCUCUGGGAGGGAAGACAAAGACUUGUAUAAUUGCCACAAUAUCACCCUCCAUUCACUGUUUGGAAGAGACACUCAGCACUUUAGAUUACGCUCACCGUGCCAAAAACAUAAAGAACAAACCAGAGAUUAACCAGAAGAUGAUGAAAUCUGCAAUGAUGAAGGAUUUGUACUCAGAAAUUGACCGAUUAAAGCAAGAGGUGUAUGCUGCCAGAGAGAAGAAUGGGAUAUAUAUACCAAGAGAUCGUUAUCUCCAGGACGAGGCAGAGAAAAAAGCCAUGUCUGAAAAGAUUGAACAUAUGGAGCUAGAUUUAGAAUUCAGGGACAAGCAAUUGAUGGAGAUCCAGGAAUUAUACAACGUUCAGCAGCAGUUGACUACUGAAUUGAGUGAAAAACUUGAGAACACUGAGAAAAAGCUACACGAAACUGAGAACGCAUUGCUCGAUCUUGGAGAAAGACACAGGCAGGCAAAUGCAACAAUAAAAGAAAAAGAAUACCUGAUAUCCAAUCUUCUUAAAUCUGAGAAAGCACUCGUUGAACGGGCACUUGAGCUUCGAACAGAACUGGAGAAUACUACAUCAGAUGUCUCUAAUCUGUUCACGAAGAUUGAACGCAAGGACAAAAUAGAAGAUGGCAAUAGAGUUCUUAUCCAAAAUUUCCAAUCCCAAUUGACUCAGCAGCUUGAAAUCUUGCAUAAAACUGUGGCAUCUUCGGCUACACAACAAGAGCAACAACUCAAUGAAAUGGAGGAAGACAUGCAGUUAUUUGUAUCCACAAAGACUGAGGUUGCUGAAGAGCUUCAAGGUCGACUAUCAAAAUUGAAAACCAUGUAUGGUUCUGGCAUCAAAGUUUUAAAUGAUUUAGCUGCAGAGCUUGGUGAUAACUCUCAGUCAACAUAUGGUUGUCUGAAUUCCGAAGUUUCUAAGCAUUCCUCAGCUUUAGAAGAGCUUUUCAGAGGAAUUGCUUCAGAUGCUGAUACACUACUUCAUGAUCUUCAAAACAGUCUGCACUAUCAGGAGAAUAAACUAACGGCAUAUGCACUACGGCAACGUGAGGCUCAUACCAGAGCUGUUGCUAUCACAAGAUCAAUUUCCCAAAUUAAUGUGAACUUCUUCAAGACUUUGGACGUGCAUGCUACAGAACUGGGCCAAAUUGUGGAAGAAGCACAGGUGGUUAAUGAUGAGAAAUUGUCCGAGCUUGAAAAGAAAUUUGAGGAGUGUGCUGCUAAUGAAGAAAGGCAAAUCUUACAAAAAGUGGCAGAGCUGCUUGCUGGUUCAAAUGCUCGGAAGAAAAAGCUGGUUCAAUGCGCAAUAGAUGGACUUCGGGACAGUGCAGCUAGUAGAACCAACAGGUUACAACAAGAGAUGUCAAUUAUGCAGGAAACUGCUUGUUCAAUUGAAGCUGAGUGGACAAAUUACAUGGAAAAAGCUGAAUCUCAUUAUCUGGAGAACACUGCUUCAGUGGAAACUGGGAAAAGGGAUAUGGAAGAGGUUCUCCAAAACUGUUUGGAAAAAGCAAAAUUGGGUGUGCAACAAUGGUGCAAUGCACAAGAAUCCUUGCUCGGUUUAGAGAAGAGCAAUGUUGCUUCUGUUGACGAAAUUGUUAGGGUAGGGACAGAGACCAGUCAAGUCUUGCGUGCAAAAUUUUCUUCUGCUAUGUCAGCUGCACUCGAAAAUGCAGAUAUAGGAAGCAAGAAUGUUCUCUUGUCUAUUGAACGUUCACUUCAACUUGACCGCGAGGCAUGUGGGAAUAUCAACUUAAUGAUUGAUCCAUGCUGUGGAAACUUGAGGGAACUGAAGAGCGGACACUACCACAAGACUGUAGAAAUCACAGAAAAUGCAGGAAAAUGCCUUUUAGAAGAAUACAUGGUGGAUCAACCGUCAUGCUCAACACCGAGGAAAAGAGAAUUCAAUUUUCCAAGCGUUUCUUCCAUUGAAGAACUCAGAACCCCAACAUAUUUUAGAGGCUGCCUAUUCUUUGAGAGACCCACGAGCUCCCCUCACUGCACUCAAUUAAUCAAGUGUAAAGUAUGGAACAAAGUAGGAAACAGUAAUCUGGUUUUCUUUCUGGGAAUCUAA